AUGGAUGACAAGAGCCAAAAGGAUCUUCAGCGCUUGGCGCGGGUUCGCGACAACCAGCGAAAGAGCCGUGCUCGGAAGCAAGAGUAUACGCGGGACCUGGAGCAGCAGCUGGCGGUGUACAAGAAAGAAGCGCAGCAGAAGGACAUUGAGCACAGGCUCACCCUCCAAAGACUGGACUCCGAGAACCGGAAUCUCCGGUCCCUUUUGGUUUCACUGGGGGUGUCAGUCGAUUUGAUCCAGCAGUAUGUGGAUUUGGCUGAUCAAGGCGUUGUGGCGGCCCGUAAGGUCGCAAUCCCUGCCAUGCAGCGUCCCAAUAAACCAGGUCCCUCCUCAUCUCCGACACGUGCCUCUACAGCCUCUCAAAGUACCAAUGGGGGCCCAAGAAUAGAUGAAGCUGCAAACCCAAAGGUUUCUGACGGAUGCACCUCGGUAGAGGCGAGACCGACGGAGGGGCAACCUAAAAACUUGGAAAACCCAAGCCCUCCUCUAUGCUGCGCCAAUUCGGGGCAAGGGAGCUCAAAGCUCUGGCCCGCUAUAUCUAAUGACGAUUUGAUGAACACGACCAUGUGUGCCAUUGCGGACGAAUUGAUUGAUCAGUACAACACAAGUGGAGCUGACAUUGAAGAGAUCCGGCGGAGACUUUGGUCUGGCUUCAGAUCAGAAAAAUCUGGCGACGGCUGUCGCGUACAAAAUCAAAUUUUAUUUCAAGUGUUGGAUGAAAUCAGCAAUAACAUGUAA